CAGUGCCAUUCAAACAGAAUUGGAUAUUUUUUCCAUGCUUUUCAAUGUGAACUGUGAAGCAGUGUGGUCAGAUUUACAACUUGAAUUAACUGAGUUCCAAACUAGCAAUUAUCUCAAGCAGUUGUUUCUAAAUAUGCUAAAGUUAGAGUUUUCCAAAUCAUUAUCAAAAUUUAUGAAAAAAAGCAAAGAAAAGUGUGAACAAGAAGCCGAAGAAGAAAGAAGGAAAAUUAUGUUUGAAAAUGAGUUUCCAGAUACAUUAAUAAGAGAGGGAAACUUAUGCAGAAUGGAAUCAAGUUUCAUUCCUUGUCUUCAGCUAUUAAAUGGCAGGUUUUCAUUUAGAGGUGUAAAUCCUGAAAUAGAAAAAUUAAUGGAAGAAAAUGAAAUAAAGGAUAUGGAAAAGCUUAAAAAAAUGGAUGGCAUAAGUAAUCAAGAAAUGGCUCAAAGGUACUCAACAUUAAUCGGGACCAUGAAACGAAAAUUUACUUCUAAAAGAAAGUGGACUGCCGAAAAUGAUGGAGAUGAUGAUGUUCUAUGCUGUACACCUUUACAUACGAGUAACAGAACAUGGAAUGUACAAACCUCAAAAUUCAGGAAACCUCCUGAGGACUUUUAAAUAAAAUAUUUUAAUUAAAUCAACAUUUUGGUCAUCUGUGGUAAUGAACAUCUAAUGAAAGGCAUGUGCACCUUAAAAUAUCUCAAUAUUAGGUGUUUAUCCUAUACAUAGGAUUGCUCUUUGAUAAUGGAAAAUGGAAGUUUGAAUAAGAACAAAGUAAUGAAGACUCGUUUAGACUGAGUGAAUGAUAAUCUUUUCCAUUCUUAUUUUGUAGUGUGAACAUGAAAUGGAAGCAAAUACUUCCAUUUCAUUGUGGACACUAAAGUUGGGCAAGGUAACUAAAAUAUAGAACUGUGGUCCAAGAAACAUUUUGGCAGGUGAAGUGCAAUAGUUUGACUGUUGAACAAGACUAAGCAGCUAUUUCACAUUUAUAAUUUUGAUACCAAAUAAGUUUAUGGAAAAAAUGAAAUUCUUUUAGCAGUUUUAGCCUUUACUUGCUGCAAAGCAAACAGAAAGUCUAAGACAGAUGAGCAGAUGCAUUGUUUCUUUGAAUUCAUUAGAAAAUUAUUUAUUAUCACUAGUAUUUUCUGUAAGCCCUUUCAAAAAUUAUUAAAACCAUAUUUAUUAUA